AUGGCUCCCCCGGCAAAGACCUUCACCCGCGAAGAGGUUCGCAACCACACCUCCGAAGACUCCCUGUGGUGCAUCAUCGACAGCACCGUCUACGACCUGACCGAGUUCGUCGACGCCCACCCCGGCGGCGAGAGCGUGCUCAAGCAGAUUGCCGGCCAGGACGCCACCUCUGCCUUCUACAACCUCCACCGCCACGAGGUGCUCUCGCGCUACGCCGACCUCGCCAUCGGCACCGUCCAGGGCGAGAAGCCCGAGGUCAUCACACCCCAGCCCGGCGACCUCAGCCCCGUCCCCUACGCCGAGCCGCUGUGGUUGACCCCCCACUUCAAGAGCCCCUACUUCAAGGACUCGCACCGCAAGCUGCGCCAUGCCGUCCGCGUCUUCACCGAGGAGGUCAUCAAGCCCGAGGCCCUCGACUGCGAGGCCACCGGCCGGACCAUCAGCCAGGAGGUCAUUGACAAGAUGAGCCAGGCCGGCAUCCUGCACAUGCGCCUCGGCCCCGGCAAGCACCUCCACGGCGUCAACAUGCUCAACAACGUCGUCAAGGGCGAGGAGUUUGACUACUUCCACGACCUGGUCGCCUGCCAGGAGAUGUGCCGCCCCAUGAUGCGAGGCUUCCAGGACGGAAACAUGGCCGGCAUGACCAUUGGCCUGACCGCCGUGCUCAACUUUGCCAAGGACGAGAGCUGGAAGAAGAAGAUUGCCGACGAGGUCUUUAGCGGCAAGAAGAAGCUCUGCCUGGCCAUCACCGAGGCCUUUGCCGGCUCUGACGUUGCCGGUCUCCGCACCACCGCUGAGAAGACUCCCGAUGGCAAGCACUAUAUUGUCAACGGCACCAAGAAGUGGAUCACCAACGGUGUCUUCUGCGACUACUUCGUCGUCGGUGUCCGCACCGGCAAGGCCCUCAGCGUGCUGCUGAUUGAGCGCGGCCCCGGCGUUGAGACCAAGCCCAUCAAGACGUCCUACUCCCCCGCCGCCGGCACCGCCUACAUCACCUUUGACAACGUCAAGGUGCCCGUCGAGAACCUCCUCGGCGAGGAGAACAAGGGCAUCCACGUCAUCCUCAGCAACUUCAACCACGAGCGCUGGGUCAUGGCCUGCGGCUCCCUUGCCGCGCAGCGCUUCAUCAUCGAGGAGUGCCUGAAGUGGUCCAACCAGCGCAUCGUCUUUGGCAAGUGUCUCAUUGACCAGCCCGUCAUUCGUCAGAAGCUUGCCAAGAUGAUCGCCCUCGUCGAGUCCAACCAGUCCUGGCUCGAGACCAUCACCUACCAAAUGUGCAACAUGCCCUACAAGCAGCAGGCCCAGCACCUCGCCGGCCCCAUCGGCCUGCUCAAGAUGAGCAUCACCCGCGGCGCCCACGAAAUCGCCGACGAGGCCGUCCAGAUCUGGGGCGGCCGCGGCCUGACCCAGUCCGGCAUGGGCAAGUACAUUGAGCACUUCAACCGCACCUACAAGUUCGACGCCAUCCUGGGUGGUGCCGAGGAGAUUCUCGGCGACUUGGGUGUCAGGCAGGCCAUGCGCAACUUCCCCAAGGCUAUGCUGUAA